AUGUCUCUCCCCCAGCCCCAACCAGCCAUCUACAGUCUCCCUAACGAGACCCUGGUCGAAAUCGCGGAGAAGGUCUACUACGAACAGUCACAGAUCCUGUUACGCGGCGACCCGAACUCCAACAUGGAUAUCACCAAUUGCUCGCUUGUUUCGCGGCAGUUCAGCGCCGUCUUUAGGCCCUUGGCUUUCAGGACGAUAUACCUCCACCCUCACAAUGUGCACUGUGCAGUGUCGGACAGACCCAUCCACGUCUUACUUGGGAGACUCUCGGUCUUGUUGAAUCGGAACCCAGAAAUUGGUGGCUGGAUUCGGGAACUGCAAGUUCGAGUUGACGAUCGGGACGCCGAAGCAAUGAUUCGGAAAGACGACUAUUCAUCUUUUGUGGAUGUCUUGGACAAGGCCACUGCCCUAACAAGCUUUGGGUUUGUCGGCGGGCCUAUGCCCUUCUGGGGAUCGCUGGAUCAGGAUAUCCGAGCAGCGUUGCAACGGGUUUUCCAAAUGAAGACGCUGGAGAAACUCGAGAUCGGGGGGAGUAUGGUGCCCCUGCGUAUACUUCUAUCGAUGUCGCCCGUUCGGGACCUGGUGUUGGUGGGUUGUAGGGUUGUUCAGAGGGAUAAUGCCGCAGAGAAAUUAGACGAGUCGAUGGAAUCUGUUCAGGCGACACGACUUCGCACCCUCCGCUGCCAAGUGAACUCAGUGGCCCACCUCCCGCAUUUCCGUAGUGCGCCUGAAGCGUUCGCGCAGCUGAGAGUGCUGACGGCCAUUGUUGGGCUUGGCAACUUGCAUCCUGGUGCGGAGCAAAUACAAGCCAUCUGA